GCUGCGGUCUGCCUCUGAGCGCGGCUGAAGUGGCUGGCUCGGAAAAGAUGAGGCUUUCGCUACUGCUCCUGGUGGCGGCGUCGGCGCUGGUCCGGAGCGAUGCCUCGGCCAACCUGGGCGGCGUGCCUAGCAAGAGAUUAAAGAUGCAGUACGCCGCGGGGCCGCUGCUCAAGUUCCAGAUUUGUGUUUCCUGAGGUUAUAGGCGGGUGUUUGAGGAGUACAUGCGGGUUAUCAGCCAGCGGUACCCAGACAUCCGCAUUGAAGGAGAGAAUUACCUCCCUCAACCAAUAUAUAGACACAUAGCUUCUUUCCUGUCAGUCUUCAAACUAGUUUUAAUAGGCUUAAUAAUUGUUGGCAAGGAUCCUUUUGCUUUCUUUGGCAUGCAAGCUCCUAGCAUCUGGCAGUGGGGCCAAGAAAAUAAGGUCUAUGCAUGUAUGAUGGUUUUCUUCUUGAGCAACAUGAUUGAGAACCAGUGUAUGUCAACGGGUGCAUUUGAGAUAACUUUGAAUGAUGUACCUGUGUGGUCUAAGCUGGAAUCUGGUCACCUUCCAUCGAUGCAACAGCUUGUUCAAAUUCUUGACAAUGAAAUGAAGCUCAAUGUGCAUAUGGAUUCAAUCCCACAUCAUCGAUCAUAGCCCCACCUAUCAGCACUGAAAACUCUUUUACAUUAAGGGAUUUUUGCAAGAGCAGCGUGACUGACAUUAUGAAGGCCUGUACUGAAGACAGCAAGCUGUUGGUACAGACCAGAUGCUUUUUUGGCAGGCUCGUUGUACCUCUUGGAAAACCUCAAUGCAAGACAGUUUUUCAGUGCUGGCACAUUUUGGAAAUCUGCACAUUCGUGGAGUGCAAUAAUACUGUAUAGUUAUUUUUUCUCCCCCCAACCCAUUCAGUUAAUAGUUUUUUAAAAAUGUAAACAUUGCUACUUGUACCUUUUUUCCUUAGUCACAUUUGAAAAAAUUGCAAAAUGAGUUAGAAUUUGAUUUUUUUUUCAAGGAUGUCUGUUAAAUCUGUUGUGAUUUUUAUAUGAAUUUUCCUUUUUUAUAGUUUAGAAUUGAUCCUUUUGGGAAUACAGCUGAAGUUCUCACUUUGUAAGAGUUUAUCAGACAUCUCUAAUUUGGUCAUGUCCAACUUACAUAGGUUUCAAAAUACUGCAGAUUGUGAACAGUGCAUUAUACAAGAUUAUGGGGGGGAGAUCCUAUAUGCAGAGUACUCUACCUAUUUGUGUGUAUGUGUGUAUGCACGCUCGCGUGCUUUGCGCGCGAGUGUGAUUGUCAGAGAAACUACUAAAAGACCAACAGCUUUUUAAAUCCUGUUAUAGUUCAAGUGUCUUGCCUUGACCAAUCUAAUGAAUUGAUUAACUGGGCCUUUAUACUUAACUCAAUAAAAAAUAAGCAGAUAUAAGUAAAAUAAAAACUUUGAAUUUAUUGCCCAGCGUACCUGUUAACAUAUUUAACCGUCGUCUGCUUAAAUUUUUGUUUUUGACUUACAAAUAAUUUCAUUAGGUACACACUUUCUAUUCACAACAAAUAAUAGAUCAUUUACCAUUUUUAGGAUAAUUGAAACUCACCUCACUAAAGAAAGUUUAGUUGAACUUGGAGAUCACUUGUCUAAUUUAACUUGCCUCACAUAUCAGAAUUUUAUUAUAGUUGAGGGACAAAAUUGAAAAAUUUUUUAUUCAGUGAAUUUAAUAUAAUUUCAUAGUUCUAAAAAGAUUAUAGGAAUAAUUUAGCAGAAGUAGGACCAUAAUGUGGAAAAGUCAUAGCAACAGUUAUUUUAGCUUCCGUAAAGGAAUAAAAGUGUUAGUGGAAGUAAAGGGAUUUAUGGAAAAGUUUGGAGAUAAUUCAACAUUGGGUCCACCAAACACUUAGCACAACCAUAUACUUUGUUUGUCACUGAAUAUUUGUUAAAUGCAUGUAUGGUAAUGAUCGUGAUUGUACAGCCUCAAGGUGGAACAUUCUGUAAUCUCUGGCUAACAGGGAGUUAGACUGCAGAAAAUUGAUUAAAAUGGCUUAUCCUUUGCAUUAAGACUACAGAACUGUUAACCUAAGUUCAUAUAGUGGCCAAUAUAAUUUAAGCUGAGAAGUUACAUACAGGUUAUUAUUCAGGUGUAGUAACAUUUUGUUAUCUUUGACUAGGGCUAAAACCUUGUUAACUUGAUCUGUACCAACUCAGACUUCUAUCUUCUGCAAGUUGAACACACUGCUGAGUGUGCCCAGGGUUUUUCUUCAGCUGAUGGACAUUCCACUAGUGACAGUUAAUCUUUGGUAUUUAGACUUUUCAACCUUGAGCCUUGGAAAUGUUCCCAUGUACUGUAUUGGACAGGUCAGCUGUGAAGAACUGAAGAGUCUAACUUUUUCCAUGUUUGCCUUGGGUAGAUUAAAUUGUCUUUUCGAGAAUAGCUUUAGGUAGCUUAGACUCUGAUAAAACUCAGCUAUUUUGUUGAUACCCAUCUCAAUAUUAUUGUUUUAUCUUUGGCCAUAUUUAAAUCUUUGGCCAUAUUUAAUGGAGUUUAGUGAAAAAUUAAUGGGAAGCAUGAAUAUAAAAAAAAAAUUUAAGGGAAAAGGGAAAGUUUAAAUGAAGCUAUUUGGAAUAUAGUUUUAUUCCUAACAUUUUAGAAUUUGUUAGUUGCUUGCAAAUUUAUGUGUCUCUGUAGUUUAUAAAUAUCUAUGUACUAUAUUAAUUAGGAGACCAUAGAACAUGACAGCAGGGUCUCUAAUGUUAUUAGGGUUUUUAUCGCAGUUACUAUUGUGGAAGAAAUUGUUAGAUUAAUAAAAAAAUGUUGGGGAAACAUGGCUUUAUACCUCAGUAUCAAGAUGUGCAAGACAAACAUGCUUUCAGAAUAUACACGCGUUAUUUCCUUGUGGCACUAACAGUAACAGCAGCAGUUGAUCAGCCUUUACCACUAUCAAAAUACAACAGGAUCCCAAUAGUAAUUCUUAUUUUGACUGUUUUUAGUUUGGGAUUUUGUUGGCAUUUUAUCAAUGUCAUAAUUUUAAAUAAUUCAGAUUUUAAAAAUAGCCUAUAGAAUUUUUUAAGCAUGAUUUGAUAUUUAAUUUUAAAGCUUUUAAAAAAAUCUUUUGAGAGAAAUGUGAGGGAUUGUAAAGUUUGGGGCUUACCUCUCUAACAUUGUGAAAAUAAACUUUUAUUAAGCUCA